UCUGGCGUUUUUGCACUGGUAACAACAUUUCUAAAUCAGGCAGAAAAAGAGACCCCUAAAGCUGCUGCGGUCAUGCUCCUGGGAGCAGCCAAAGAAAUAGCACUUCAUAAGGACCCUGCUCAGAACUUGCAAAAUCUUGGUGUCUCUGCAUCUUUGAGGACGGCUGUACCUUGUCUAAUGGAAAGGAUUACAACACAACUUCAGAGGAUGCUCGUGCUGUGUGACUUUCCAAAAGUUUUAUAUGAAAAGUUCAUUAGUUUUUUCCAGACUAUCUCACUUCCGUGUCACUGCUAUUCCUUCUCAAAUAGCCUAAAUGUGGUGCCAUGGGAUCAUGGAUUACUGACAACUGUCUUAAAAGGCCAGAACAUCACUGGUCAAAGAACACAGAAAGGAAAGAAAGUAUUUCUGUGGGAAGUACUUCCUGUCAUACAGGCUCGAGUAGAAAAAAUGGAAAACCAGGGACAUUAUAAGGAAAUAGUUCGCUACUUGAAAGCUGUGAAAUGCAAUGACACUCUAGGGUUAAGAAAGCUUAGAGAUAAAAUCCCAUUCUACUUGUGCAAAAGUGGAGACUUCGUUAGUGCUCUACAUUCAUUGUUGCUUCCCUUCAAUAACCUUGCAUGCUGUACCGCCUGCCGGAUAACCCCUUUCCAGUUUGAGAUCUACCUAAAGAUGUUCAGAACUGGGAGUGUUCCCUGUGGAAAUAAUUUUCAUGACCCUGGAGAGUGGAUUUCAAUUGGUUCUCCUGUGAAGAACUCCAUUCUAAUUAAGCAUGCGCUCAAACUCCUUUACUGCAAUCUGUCAUUAUACAGAAAUCCAAAAUGCUGGAGCUCCCUCAUCAUGGUUUUGGGUAGUAGCACUACUCUGGAGAAAAAUGGGCAUGUAAAUCCUGUCUCAUUGAAAGAGCCACCACAUGAUUUCCAAGAGAUGGUGGUGUCUGUAUCUUGCGUUCUUCUAAAUGAACUGAAGACAAAAGUCAAUGUUUCUCUGCCAUCAAAUGUUUUUUCUGGUCCUUUACAGCUUGAGGCUUGUCUUAUCCUCACAGUGCAAGCAGUGCAGCAGAUGCUUCUAAACGACCUUCCAUACUUGAGUUCCUUUCUAGAAAUAACACUGGCUUUCGGGAAUAACUUCUGGGCUCUGAGGCUAUUAUUAAAUGGCCUUUCCUGUGAAGAACACAUUCUCCAUGGCACUAUUAACUUGCUUCUGAGAGAUCUGAAUUUUCAGAAGGCAACAAUGUUGCAUCUGUGGAAAAAACUUGGUCCUCAAUAUGUAGGUGAACUGCUCUGCCUGUACCUGACUUGCAGAAAUAGGAAGAUGCAGUCCAUUGGCAUCUUCAUCAUCCAUUUAAUUAGCGAGAACCUGUAUAUGUGUCCAUGGGCAAAGCAUCUUUGCAACUUUCUGAACACAGGAUUACGGAAGCUGCCUCUUGGUACCACGACUGAUCAUGAAGUUGCCAAGUUCAUAGCUGUUUUGGAAAAAUUGUAACACUCUGAGGGUCUCAAGAAUUUUCUAACCUGCCGUAUAACACCUCCCAAUUGGUUGCCUUUUGCUAUUUCCCCUCAAUAAAAUUUUCAGCCUACGAGCUGAUUUACAAACAAAUUUUUAAAAAUCCCAUCCAACCCUAGACUUGUGUGUUGAAUGGAGGAGGCAUUUAAGCCGAAAUGUGCUUAACGCUUUCUUCCUUCUUGCAGGUGCAUACUCUAGCAGUUCUCUGCAAUCUGGCUUUCAUGGAAUAUAACUUAACAUGCUUACAGGGCUGCUUAUUCUGUGGAAGUGCUGAGAGAGCAACAGACAUGUUCUCUACCAUGCCACAUGCAUGCUGACCUGUGAUGUCAGCAGCAGAGGACUUGUUGAGGAAGCAAACAGCUCCUGGAUAAGGGAAACUCUUAAUUCAUGGUCCUGCAGAAGUUUGAUAGUGUGUGUUCUUUGGAAUGCCUCCUCUAUGUGGCAUCUAAUUAUGUAUAUGACCCACUUGUUUUUGAUUAGUACCUCCACUCUCCAUUUUCCUGGAUUUCUCCAAUCCCAAGUGCUCCUACAGAAACUAGAAAUGGUUCUAAUGAUGUAAAUUAAUAGUUAGUUUGUAAAGAGAAAUUUUAACUUUCAGGUGUAUUGCGGUUGAUGGCUAUUUGACGGGUGCUAACACGUCUGGGUUACUUGAAUUGCUAUCAUAAUUGUAGUUUAACAGUUGACUUUAAAAUUGGAUGUAGAACUAGAGAAAUGUAAUUCAGCAGAAAAUACCGUCUGACUACAAUCCCUUUGACAUCUUUCCAUGUUGGGAGUGAAGGGGAAGAAAUGUUGACCUGUCCAUGUAUUUUAUUUUGCACAUUUAAGGCUUAUAAUGGCUUUUACUGCUUAUUCGUGCCAAGUUCGGCUAAAUUAUUUUCUUUACAAAACUACUUUUUUAUUGAAGUUUUGUCUUUUUUUAAAAAAAAAAGUGAAAAUGUGUAUCUAAACCCCUUGUAUAAAGCGUUGAAUAAAUGGUAACUAUCGUA